AUGUCGCUCUCGCCCGCGCUCCCCGCGUCGCCCGCCUUCUACGCGCCGCACGCCGGCAUUGCGCUGGCGAGCAGCAGCAGCGCCGCCGCCGUCGCCGUGUCGCCGCUGGUGCGCACCUACUCGGGCCGCCGCCCGCUGCGCCCGCCGCCCGCUGCGCCCGCCGCCCCGUCUGCCUCGGGCGGCGGCAGCGCCGGCUCCAGCCGCGCGGCUGCAGCCUACGCGGCGGCAGCCGGCGAGAAGGCCAGCGCAGCCGGCGGCAGCUCGUACUACGCCGCCAGCAGCACAUCCGGCCGCUAUCCGGCCUCGCCGCGCGGCGGCAGCAGCUCCACCGAGCGUGCGGCACCGCUCUCGCCGCCGCCAUCCUUUCCCAUCGCAUCGAGCUCGACGCCGCCGCCCGUGCGCUACGGCACCGUCGGCACACAGACACCGCCGCCUUCGGCGCGGCGGCGUACCGGCAGUGCAUCCGCCUCCAACUCGGGGCACAGUGCGCGCCGCGGCUCCGAGGCAGAGGCUGAGACAUCUGCCUCCAUCUCUGGGCGCAGCUCGCCCGACACGAGCGCCGAGGUGGUGCGUCUGACACGUGUCGGCGCAGGCGGGCAUUCCGGCGGCGCGCGAGGCGUCGCCGGCGUGGAUCCCAACAGCUUCCCAUCGCCGCGCAUCAACGGCGGCAGCAGCAGCGGCACCGGCUCGCACUCGCGCUCCUCGCGCGCCUCUCGCGCCGAGAGCGUGAUGAGCACGGGCAGUGCGCAUCUCAGCGCCGUCGUCUCGACGGCCGUGCGGCGCGUGGCCAUCUCGCGGCCCGAGACGGGCGCUGCGCGGCGCGGCCCACGCGUUGGCGGCCCACCAUCGCCGCAGCGGGCCGUGCCCGUGGAGCAGCGCGAGCGCUCAUCACGCGGCGGCGACUGGCCCGAGGAUGCGGCCGACGUGGACCGCAGACUGCUGACGCCGCGCGUCGAGAGCGGCUCGUGGGAUGCCUCUGCGGCGGAGGACACGCCCGGCCGCAGUCGGCGUGAGGAGGAGAAGCAGCCGGCGCCGCGCGCAGCCGCUGCGGCAGAGAGCAGCGCGAUGGCCGCUCGCAAGGCGGCACGCGCACUGGCGCCUAUUGAUGUGGGCCGCUCCCUGGGGCGAGGUCCUGCGCCGAGCAGCGGCACGUCGCCCAAGCGACCAUCACCGUCUGGCCGCAGCAAGUCGAACAUCGAGGUGCUGCGAUCCGAGGCCGAGAUCAGCUCGAGCAGCCUGCUCUCGCCCGCAUCGGCGCACGCGCAGCUCUCCGUCUCGCCGGCGCACAGCAGCGCACGCCUGUCGCCCGGGCCAGCUCUCAGCACGCUCUCGCACUCGCCGCUCGGCAGUGGGCAGAGCCUGGCGGACAGUAGCUGGUCGUCGAAUGGCGGCGCCAGCAUGGCCGGUGGUGGCAUGCUCGGCCUCGAGUGGGGCACGUCCAUCCAUUCAGCGCCCGCUUCGCGCUCGCAUACACGCGUUCCAUCGCUCGGCACGUCGAUCGGCGCACGCUCGAUCCGCACGCGCACCUCAGCCGCGCCGUCCAAAAUGGCGCUGCUAGACUCGCUCGACGCGUCCCUGGCGCUCGUCGAUGCACAGGCAUACGAGCAGCUGCCCAGCCUCGAGGCCGUCGAGGCGAGCAAGAAGGAGCUGGCCCGCCUCGAGCGCAGGAUGCAGGACAUGCGCCUCAAGCUCAAGGUCGAGACCCGCGUGCGUGAGGCGGCUGUCAAGCUGCGCCGCGCCGGCGCGCCGCGUCCGGGCCAUAGCCGCACGCUGAGCUCUAGCUCAACUGGACGCAAGUCGAACAUGGGCUCGACCGACCUGCCGCCGACGCCGAGCACGCCCGCAGGCGUACUGCCGAGCCUCUCGUCAGACGCCGGCGCGGCACAUCGCCAAGCCGAUGAGGAAGUGGGCAGCGCAACACGCAAGGUCGACGCUGUCGCGCAAGAACUGCUCGUGCUCGUCGAGACUGCCGCGGCACGGCGGCGACAGCUCAUGGAGCACCAGGCCGGCGUGCUGGCUGCGCGCGUGCAGGAGCUCGAGUCGCUCGUGGCCGAGCGAGAGGACGGCGAAGCAGACGAGGAUGCGCGACCUGACAGUCCGCGUGUGGCACUGCGCGAGGCGGCGAACGCCAACUCGCGGACUCGCGAGCUCGAGGACCAAUUGUUGCAAGCCGAGACGGCGCUCAAGGAGCGGCAGGACACCGACGACGCAGCGCGCGAACGCGCAGACGAGCUGCAGCGGCGCCUGGACACGAGCGAGCGGGCGCUCGAGCUUGCGCGCGCACAGACAGAGGCACUCGGCAAGGCCAAGAGCCGCGAAGAUGAGGCCGCUGUGGCGGAGCUGCAGCGCCGCCUCGAUGCUGCUGAUGCGCGGGCGCGCGACGCCGAAGCACGCGCUGAUCGCUGGCAGACGGACGCAAAGGCGCUCUCUCAGCGCCUGGAGGAGCGCGACGCGGAGAGCACGCGCGCUCUGCGCGACCACGAGACGCAGCUCGCCUCCGCUCGGCAAGACGCAGCAGCUGCGCAGCGUCUCGUGUCUACGCGCACGGAAGACGCCACGCGGCACGAGGCGGCGCAGAAGGCGACUGCACUGAAGCUGCGCGACUUGGAGCUCGAGGUCGCGGCCGAGCGGCGCCUGAUGCACGAGCGUGCUGAGCUCUUCGUCGCCUUUGAGCGGCGCCUCGAGAACGCCGAGCGCCGCCUGCGUGCCGAGGACGAGCGCUGCGCCCGCGUGCUAGGCAAGGACGAGGGACGCGAGGAGAUGGACGACUUCUUGGCGCAGAUCAAGGGCUACGGCGGGGUCAAGAAGGCCAAGACGGCAGGACAGGACAUCGAUGCGCUGCUCGACAGCCUGGCAGUCCACAUCACUGACCUCGCAGACGAGACAACGCGCCUGGCCUCGGCGCGCGGCGACGUCUCCUACGAUAGCACGCAGCACGACGCAGCGGCGGCGACGCAAGUGCGCGAGCUCGAGGUGGAGCUGCAAGACACCGAGCGCGAGCUGGAGCGCUGGCGCAGCGAGGCCGAGAGUGCCAAGCGCCAGCUGGCCGCACAGCAGCGCGCCAGCGUCGCGGCCUCGUCGCGCGGAGGCGCGGAGCGCUUCUCGCGCAUGCCCGAGGAGCGCGGCAACGCCCAGAUGCUCGAGGAGAUGGCUGUGCGGCUGGCGCUCGCCGAGAAGCGCAGCGUGGCGCUCGAGGCGGAGCUGCGCGACGCCAGCUCGCGUGUCGGCGAUGCUGAGAAGGCAGCGUCAACGGACUCUGGAUCCACCGGCGACAGCCCAGUCAAGGUAGCCGGCUCCGCCGAUGCCGAGGCCACUGCACGUCGAUUGCGCUACGCCGAGACGCAGCUCGCGCACUGUCGCGGCGCCAUCACUGCGGUGCUCGAGCUCCUGCCGCCCGCGCCAGCACUGCGUGCCGCUCUGCUCGAUGCGACGCGCAAUGAGGAGGGCCUCGGCGCGCUGCAACGGGCCUUUGCUGCCACUGCGCGCGCGGCGCACUCGCCGCUGCUCGCCACGACGACGUCGUCGCAGCAGCUGCAGCAGCAUCGCGGCUCGCUGCAGCACCGGCGCAGCAUUGUGCCGCCGUACGAGGACGCGCCGCUUGACGCCGAGGCGCUCACGGAGCGCGUCCGCGCCGUUCUUGCGGCUGGGCGCGGUGCUGCGGAACAAGCAUGCGCGCUGCUCAGGGAGCGCGACGAGGCGCAACGAGAGGCACACGAGGCGCAGAACCGCGAACGAGAGCUCGGAGCUCAGCUCGAGCGCAAGAGGACCAGCCCACCGCGAAGCCCGAUCGAGGCAUCCCGCGGACGCGAGCGCAAGCUCGAGGCCUCGGUUGCAGAGCUGCGCGCACAGCUGGAGUCCUACUCUCCGCGCGGCCACGCAGCCGCCAGCUCGAGCGCGGGCGAGUCGUACGUCUCGCGCGGCAGCAAUAGCUCGACCGGCUCGCCGAGUGCCUCGCCGCACUCGACGUUCCUCUCGCUGCGCGAUGCGCCGCCGUUGCCGUCGCACUCUGGCGGCCCCGCACACGGCACGCUGCAGAUCGUCGCGUCGACGCUCUCGACGCGCACUGAUCGACCCGGCGCCUCGGCCGGACGCUCAUCUUCGCCUCCGGUCUCGAGCGGCUCGGUCCCGACUACGCCGUCGACCUCCGGCUUCUCGUCGGGCCCACGCACGCUGACGCUCGGCAUGGACACAUCUGCGCUGGUGGCGCGGGUCCGCGAUCUCGAGCGGCAGCUGGCGCGCCGCGAUGUGCCGCACGCGGCCCGGCGUACAGCGGCGCGCCUCGUCGAGCUGGAGAAGACGGUGACGCAGCUGCGCGCCGAGCUGCUCGAGACGCAGACGACGCUCGAGGAGCGCAUGGACACCGACGGCCGGCAGCGCAUUCAGAUGCUCGAGGAGCUCAACUCGAUGCAGGACGACCUGGCCAAUGCGCGGGCCGCGCUGCGGGCUGAGCAGCGGCGCAAGGACAACGAGCGAGGUCUGCCGCCGGCGCUGCCAGCGAAGUAGCAGCACCGUUACCCCCACCUUGCUCUCCCUCUGCUCUCGCCACGCUUCCUGCCUCGCUGCUCUCCUGCGCUGUCCUUGCCCAUACCCGGCUCGCGCUCGCCUGCCUCGCAGCGACGUGUCAGACGAAACCCAUACCCCUCCCUACAUGACGCCCACGCAAUCCUACAUCAUCGUCACGCUCCAUGUCGCAAGAAAGUGGGAAGCGAUUGGAAUUCGACGUGCUG